AUGCGAAAGGUAGUUUGCUACCUUGAUGACAUUUUUGUCAUUGGCCCCACUUUAAGUGAAGCCACUGUGAAUCUUAGGAUAGUUUUUGAUAUCCUAAGAAAAGAGAAGCUUUACUUGUCUGCAGACAAGGUUGACUUGCUGUCUCCCAGGAUUGAGUGUCUUGGACACAAGAUCAUGGAUGAGGGUGUCUACGCAGAUGAUGACAAGAUGUCCGUCAUCCAGAAUGCAAAGUUCCCGAAGGAUGCCCAAGGAAUGCAGUGCUUCCUC